UAGAAUAUUGAUUCAUCGAUCCCAUAGGCUGAAAGAGGAUACACGAGCAAGGGCGUGGUUAGCGACCGGUGCAAGCAUACGAAUUGAUCGCCAACAACCAUUAAUUACCACUCCAUUCUUUAAUCAUCGUCGCUUCUCAUAAAUUUUGGAAAGGUAGGUGCAACGUAACCCCCCUUCCUUUAAUUUAUCUUCUUUCUUUUUCUUUCUUUCCUUCUUCCUCUUUAAUUUCUUCCUUUUUCGUGGCCUUAAAAAUCCACGGCCAGUACUCUAUAAUUAUUAUUCCGGCGUCGUGAUUCAUCAGCACGAUCGGUUCCUCUGUUUUUGUUUUUUUCUUUAUUUGUCUUCCGGAUGCAAAGCGAUCGCGUGCUGCAGAGGAUGGAGACGGCGGCCGAGGCGGCGGCGGCGGCUGCGGAGGAGGAGGAGCAGCAGCUGCUGAAGGCGGAGAUGGCGGUGCACCCGCUGUGGGAGCAGCUGCUGGGGGCCCACGUCGGUUGCCUCCGCGUCGCGACGCCCAUCGACCACCUCCCGCUCAUCGACGCGCAGCUGGCGCAGUCGCACCACCUCGUCCGGUCCUACGCCGCGGCGGCCGGCGUCGGACGCCGCCCGCCGCUCUCCCCCCAGGAGAAGCAGGAACUCGACGCCUUCCUGGCGCAGUAUCUGAUGCUGCUCUGCUCGUUCCGGGAGCAGCUGCAGCAGCACGUCCGGGUGCACGCCGUGGAGGCCGUGAUGGCCUGCAGGGAGAUCGAGCAGUCCCUGCAAGAUCUCACAGGAGUGAUUCUGGAAGAAGGAUCGGGAGCGACGAUGUCGGAGGAGGAGGAUGAGCUCGGGCAGUUGGACUGCCCUCUGGACGUGGGAGCGGAUGGGCACGACAUGAUGGGAUUUGGCCCGCUGCAUCCCACUGAAUCCGAGAGGUCUCUCAUGGAGAGAGUAAGGCAGGAGCUUAAGAUGGAACUGAAACAGGGAUUUAGGUCGAGAAUUGAGGACGUAAGAGAGGAGAUCCUUCGGAAGAGAAGGGCAGGGAAGUUGCCAGGCGACACCACCUCAAUCCUCAAGCAAUGGUGGCAGCAAAACUCCAAAUGGCCAUACCCAACUGAGGAUGACAAAGCGAAAUUGGUGGAGGAGACGGGUUUACAGUUGAAGCAAAUUAAUAAUUGGUUCAUCAAUCAACGAAAGCGUAACUGGCACAACAAUUCACAGUCAGUAACAACUCUCAAAUCUAAGCGCAAAAGGUAAAAUGAAUGAAUGUCAAACAGCUGUGACAAUACAAGAUUAACCACGAAGACCACUCUAAUAACAUGGUGAUGCUCUGUUUACCCUAAAUUACUUCUGUCAAAUUGUAAAUUAAAGAGUACAAUACGUGGAUUAAUCGUAGCGCAACCUUGAUGUGUAGUUACUUUGUCGAGCGAAAGUUGUAUAAGCAUUUAGCAACUGAUUUUAUUAUGUGAUACAAUGUUUGAUUGGACUUUAAUUUGAUUUGUUUAAUUUA